CCAAGUGCCUGAGCAAAGGUGAAAGUGAAAGUUGUGUCUGAGUAUAGGACUGAGGUGUAGAUUGUUCUGUAAAAACGUGUAGAAAUGCACAUAUAGUGACUAUUAGAGUGGUUAUGGAUUUAAAUCAACUAUUUUGAAUGUGAAGUGGAGGACGUGAAGACCAGUAAAGUUAAAAUGGCAGAGUCCAGAGUUCAUAAUCAGUUUAAACUCACCUCAGAAGACUAUGUGUGGGCUGAUGUAGGUGAAGAGGUCACCCUCCCCUGUCACCUCUCACCUGACACCAGUGCUGUUGCCACGACGAUCAGGUGGUUUAAAGAGACAGAGUGUAUUUACCUGUAUAAUAAUGGCCAGGUGACAGAGAGGAGUGACUAUGAGGGCAGAGUGAGUCUGAUCACCCAGGAGCUGGAGAGAGGCAACGUGUCUCUAAGGCUGAGAGACUGCAGGAGGUCAGAUACAGGAGACUACAUCUGUCAGGUCAUCCAUGGAGAACAGAAGGAGGAGGCUGCAGUGGGUUUAUGGGACAGAGAAGAAGCAGUACAGGCAUUUGUAUUAGUCUCAGGAUCACUGUAUUUACAACGUGAGACCCAGGAGGACAAGCUGAAGAGGGAGGCAUCAGCUGGUGAGCUUGAGUUGAAGAUGGAAAAAGAAUUAAAAGAGAAAUUAAGACAGGAUAUGAUGAAACAACUAGAGGAGAAAGACACACAACUGGAUGAUAUGACCCAGGAAGUGAGAGAGAAAGACACACAACUAGAUGAUAUGACCCAGGAAGUGAGAGAGAAAGACACACAACUGGAUGAUAUGACCCAGGAAGUGAGAGAGAAAGAGAGACUCCUGGAUGAUAUGACCCAGGAAGUGAGAGAGAAAGACACACAACUGGACGAUAUGACCCAGGAAAUGAGAGAGAAAGAGAGACUCCUGGAGGAGAAGAACCAGAUAAUGGAACAGAGGGACAAACUAUUAGAAGAGAAAGAAAACCAACUGGAAGAGAAAGACAAGCAACUAAAGGAUAGAGACAUUCAACUAGAGGCUCUGAGAAAGAACCUGCAGGACAAGAAAAGCCAAGUAGAGAACUUCAGAGUCCUACUGCAGGAAAAAUACCUUCAACUAGAGGACAGGAACCACAGACUGGGAGAGAAGGACAGACUACUGGAAGAGAGAGACACACAACUAAAGGAUAGAGACAUUCAACUAGAGGACAGCAACCACAGACUGGGAGAGAAGGACAGACUACUGGAAGAGAAAGAGAACCGACUAAAGGAAAAAGACCUUCAACUAGAGGACAGGAACCACAGACUGGGAGAGAAGGACAGACUACUGGAAGAGAGAGUCAAACAACUAAAGGAUAGAGACAUUCAACUAGAGGACAGAAACCACAGACUGGGAGAGAAGGACAGACUACUGGAAGAGAGAGACAAACAACUAAAGGAUAGAGACAUUCAACUAGAGGACAGAAACCACCGACUGGGAGAGAAGGACAGACUACUAGAAGAGAGAGUCAAACAACUAAAGGAUAGAGACAUUCAACUAGAGGACAGAAACCACAGACUGGGAGAGAAGGACAAACUACUGGAAGAGAGAGUCAAACAACUAAAGGAUAGAGACAUUCAACUAGAGGACAGAAACCACAGACUGGGAGAGAAGGACAGACUACUAGAAGAGAGAGACAAAGUACUGGAAGAGAGAGACAAACUACUAAAGGAAAAAGACAUUCAACUAGAGGACAGAAACCACAGACUGGGAGAGAAGGACAGACUACUGGAAGAGAGAGACAAAGUACUGGAAGAGAGAGACAAGCAACUGGAAGAUAGAGACAAACUACUGGAGGGAAAAGAAAAUGAAAUUAAAGAGAGGAAGCAGGAAGUAGAAGAGAGGAGGCAGGAACUAAAGGAGAGGAGACAGGAAGUAGAAGAGAAAGACAACCUACUAGAGGAGAGAGAGAACCAGUUAAAGGAGAGAGACAAACAGGUGGAGGAUGUCAACAAUGAAAAUGCUGAACUGGCUCAACAGAUAUGUGAUGUGAAGACUGAGGUAGAGAGACUGAGAAGAGAGAUCUCAGCCCAGAUGACUGAACAUGGAGAGACGUCAGAUACAGGUUCCAUCCUCCCAGUCAGGAGGAGAAACAGCCUGAACCUUCCUCCAUACAUGAGAGGAGAGACCUCAGAUACAGACCCCACAUUACCACUGAGGAGGAGACACAGCAUGGAGUUACCUCAUCCAUAUAUGGGAGGAGAGACCUCAGAUACAGACCCCACACUUCCACUGAAGAGGAGAAACAGCAUGGAGUUACUUCCUCCAGAUAUGGGAGGAGAGAGCAGCAGUCCAGACUCCACAGUGUCUCCCAGUGUGUCUGAGCUGAGACUGGUGCUGCUGGGGAGGACUGGGGCUGGGAGGAGUGCAGCAGGAAACACCAUUCUGGGCAGAGAGGAGUUUGGGGCCCAGGCCAGCCCCUCUGCAGUGACCCAGAGGAGUAAGAGGAGAGAGGGAGACGUGUGUGGGAGACGGCUGGUGCUGGUGGACACUCCAGACUGGUUCUGUCCUGGACUCUCUCUGGAGGAUAUGAGACAAGAUGUGGGGCUCUGUGUCCGUCUGUCUGCCCCGGGACCCCACGCCUUCCUCCUGGUCAUACCAGUGGAGCCCUCUAAGGGGGAGGAGAGAGGGGUGCUGGAGAGAAUAGAGGAGAUGUUUGGGGAGGGUUUUUGGGGACACAUUGUGAUUCUAUUCACCCAUGAUGAUGGCCUGAAAGAGCAGAGCAUUGAGGAGUUUCUCCAAACAGGAAGUCAGGACCUCCAGCAGCUUGUGGAGAAAAGUGGGAGCAGGUACCACGUCCUCAACAUUAAGGACAGGGCCCAUGGCACUCAGGUAUCAGAGCUGCUGGAUCAGGUAGAGGAGAUGGUGGCAGGAAACAGAGAGAGAUUCUACAGCAGUCAGACCUACCAGGAGGCAGAGGACCAGGUUAGAGAGAUGGAGGGAAACAUCCAGAGAGAGAGAGGAGAGAGGAAACAGAGGGAGGAGAGAGACUUGAGAGAGAGGCUUCAGAAGGAGUUGCAGGACUCUCUGAUAAAGAUAGAGGGAGUGAUCCAGGAACAUGAGGGAGAUAUCAGAACACUCAGUGAAAGAACCAGUGAACUGGAGAGACAGGUGAAAGAAGAGAGAGAUGAGGAGAAGAAAAGAGAGCUGGAGAGGGAGCUGAAGAGGGAGUCUGAUAGGAGGGAGGAGAUGGAGAGAAAGCUGGAGAGAUUUAGAGAGAAGAGAGAGAAUGAGAGGAGGGAGAUGGAGGAGAGACACAGACAGGAGAUAGAGGAGAUGAUGGAGAACUAUGAAGGAGAGGCCAGAGUUGAAGCAGAGAGAAACCUGAUGAAGAUAGUCCUGCCUGAGUUACAGAGGAAUAUCAUGAUCUCACAGACAAAGAUGGAGAGGGAGUUCAGCAGACAGAUGAAAGAGAAGAAUAUAGAGAUGGAGAGACUAAGACAGAACUUGAAAGAAGUCAGGGAAGCUCACUCAGUGUUGCAGAAGGGACUGGAACGAGAGGGGAAAGGUCAGAGGGCACUGAUAGGGUUGUUGGGCUGGGUCAGGAGAAACUCAUCAAGUUGGCUUCUCCACAAUCUGAUAUGAUUCACCAUCACCGUCUAUGAUGACGAACCAGACCAGGUCUACUGUCCACUGUACCGUGGGGGGUGACCAUGGAUCAUGGUGGUCAUGGGGAAAACAGGACAGAAUCAUGUCUGGUCCAGUCUACAGUGUCAAGAGAAGGAGGGGAGGGAGGUCUGUAAAGAUCUUGAUGAGACGUAAAACACAAUUCCAAUCCAACGUAGAUUAUUGACCUUUGCACUGCAGACCUUUAGAAUGGAGAGGGUUAUGGGGGGUCAGGAGGUCAGCGGGCGGAGUCAGAGACUGAGAACUCUAAAGAUCUGAGUGAGACUUUUACUCAGUGUUUGAGGAGGUCUACUAUUGAACAGAGAACCAUACUGUAUUUACCACACACUACUUCCUGUUCUUAUUCAAAUUGUUUCAUGUUGAAACUUUAAAUAUACACUGAGUGCACAAAACAUUAAGAACACCUUCCUAAAGGUGUUACAAUAAAAUGUAACUUUGUAAGA